AUGGCAAGUGUACAGCGCACUCCACCAAAGACGUCUAAAGCUCAAACUAGUAGCCUGAGCCAGACUCAGACCCAAUCUGAGCCCGAUGUAAACACGGCAUCUUCAGGGAACGAAUAUGUAAACACCGCCAGAAACAAACGUUAUCGCAAGGCAAACUCGCCGCAAGGCCCAGAUAGUGAAUAUUACGAAUUAGACUACGAUAUCUCCAGUAAAUUAGCGGAACAUACUGCCUUAAUGACUAAACUAUUAUCGGAUAUAGGAGAAGUCAAGGCUCAAAAUAACCUAUUACAGGAGACAAAUACUAAAAUUCGUAAAACAAACGAAGAAAUCGUCCUGUCUAUGACCUUUUUCAAUAAACAAUUUGAGGACCUGAAAAAGGAGGUUGAGGACCUUAGAAAAGAGCGCCACGAACAGCAGGGUUACAUAGAAAACCUAGAAAAGAAGCUGCUUGACCUACAACAAAGAUCUCGGUCAUCUGGAAUAGAAAUCCGCAACAUUCCACUGGGACCUACAGAAACGUGUACCAGUCUUAAAAAAACCGUGUGUAAGAUCAGUGAAGUCCUAGGCGUGCCCAUUCCUGAAUCAGGGAUACGCGAUAUAUAUCGCCUACCAGGGAAGUCCACCACAAACUCGAGUACUCCACGCCCCAUUAUUGCAGAAUUUACAACGGUGCAGGCAAAACAAUCACUCAUAUCUGCAGCACGAUUGUUUAAUAAAAACAAAGGAAAAGAAGAAAAAAUUAACACCGCCAUCAUCGGACUACCAGGAUACAAUGUUCAGAACUCCCCUGCCCAAUCCCUUGCUAUACUGGAUGUAGACGAAGCCGAAAUAGAGACUCUUAUUCUCCAACUACGAAACGAUUGUGCCGUUGAUGCUCUUAAAAAGGCUAUAAUACAUCCAAUCUAUAAGAGUGGGGACAGGAACUGUGUCAAUAACUACAGACCGAUAUCAGUUCUGCCAGCAUUAUCCAAAAUUCUUGAGAAGAUUCUCAAUAAAAGUCUAAGGAGCUUCUUGGAGAAACACAGAUUGAUUUCUAAUAAUCAAUUUGGCUUCCGGCCAGGGGUGUCAACAGAGGAUGCUGUACUAGAGCUCACUCAAUUGGUAGCUGAGAACUUAGACAAAAAGAAUAAAUGUCUGGGUAUUUUUUUAGAUCUUUCUAAGGCAUUUGACACAGUUUCUGUUCCCAUACUUACCUCUAAGCUGGAACUUCUCGGUGUACGUGGCACACCUCUCAAAAUCUUCAAAGAUUACCUCCGCAACCGCACACAAUGUGUUAAAAUUGAAACAUCCCUUAGUAAUGAAGAACUUGUGACUUACGGUGUCCCUCAAGGCAGCAUAUUGGGCCCUACACUGUUUCUCAUCUACAUACCCUACAAAGGAACUGUACUCAAACUGCAAAGUCCUUACAGUUCGUCAGCUCUUUGUGCUCAAGUCAACUCUAAGAAGGCACCUUACCUUGCCAAAAUCCGACCCAACCAAGCGAAUAAAUCUUCUCCCACGUACUCAGCAUAA